AUGGGGAAACUACCGGCACUAGCGCUGCUGGUACUUCUAAUUAGCGCCAGCUAUCCUGAAGCGCAAGCUUUCAGUUUUGGAAACAUCUUCAAUAUCGGUUCGAUAGUUAAAAAUAUUAUUGGGACUGUAGCAGACAUUACUGGGGUGUUUGUACCCCAAAAACUGGCGCCGGAUCACUCUAAGGAGUACAGACAGUUUGAAAAUGAUCUUGAGGGGCAAAAUAACAAGAUGAUGAAAAUUUACGUUAAAGUAGAUGACGCUAAAAAUCGGACAAUAGAGAUGGAAAAAAAACUUAAAACGACUGCUGAAAACUUUAAAAAAAUAUCAAUCAGAGCACAGAGUCGUGAAAUACAAGUUAUGGAUAUGAUGAACCGAAUUGACGAUGUUAUCAAGAAGACUGACGUUCUGACGUAUUCCAUAACAGAUGUUUUGUCUGUUCAAAUUAACGAAACUGCCCGUAAGCUCGGAAUACUGGCAGAUCUCGACACCAAUAGGGCAGCCCUGCACAGAGAUAUUGUAGAAAUUAGCGACAGCUUUGAUACCCUGGUGAAUCGCACAACGAAAAUGCAGAAUAUGAGUGAAAAGAGAUUCCAAGACUUUCUCCGGUCGAUAGUUUCUUACAAGAACCGUCAGCCCAGAGAUAUUAUGGCAAAUAUAUGGGCGUUAUUCAAGAAAUCAUCCAUUACUAAUAAUGAUCUGCCAACAACCUUUGUUAAAUAUGUUGAAAGUCAAAGUUUUGAAGAGAAAUGCGACAAAGAUUCGACGUUUCAAGACAAGCUCAAGGGUAUCUAUAACUUGGUGAUGAUUACCGAAUUUCGGCAUUUUCUCAUGCAGGUUGUGUCUUACAAGUACAUAUCCAUUAAAGAGCCAGAAAAAAACGGUAACAUAAGAAAUGAUGUCAACCUAUUUGUCGACAAAUUAAUCUGCAAAUCCCAAGACUACAUCAGGAUUAUGAAAGAAGCCUUUGCGAAAAUACCUACUGACAUAAUGCGCUGUGACCCUCCUGUUCAUUUAAAAGAUGACAACAACUUUGAACUCAACAACCUAUUUGGAGCCUACUAUAUGAACGUCGCUCAACUGGACGUUCGUUGUGACACUACUUGCGAUCAGAUUGACGUAAAAAGACAUCUAGAGUGCCUUUCUGUUCCUGAAAGCAAAUCAGGUGAUGUAGUUCCUCAUUACUGUCCGCAAUUCCAGUGCAAAGGAAGGCUCCACUCCUGCAAAAAAGCCAACAGCUACAGUUUCUGCGAAUCUCGAAUUCCGAAUCAGCAGCGCUACAAAUGGAUCGAAAAAGAUCCCGAAGGAUCGAAAAUCAGCAGCUGUGACGGCAACUACGUUAAUACGAUGACCAAAGCCAGUUGCGAAAGUUGCAUGUGUUUGUGUUCAGAAGAGGGAGCUGAGUCUGACGCGACCAGAACCGUCAGUUUGCUCUCCCAAAUGUCUGAUUACAAGAACAACAUGGUCGUUACCAACGCUCGCUUCCAGAAGAGGGACAACGUCGUUCAUAUCCAAGUCGAGGAAGGAGAACUGCUUCCAGAAGGCAGAAUUAAGCGCGGUAGUCAGCGUUGGGUUGAUCUAAAGAAAUUUGUUUACUCGCGAAACACUCCCGAAGGUUCCUUCUCGAUUGUUGACGGCAACGACCUGCUUCCGCUGACCCCUAAUGAAAACUUCACUUUCCUAACCCAGGACAACAGCAAGCUGAUGCUCCAUGAUAUUAAAGUAGAUUCUGAUAGAGUGGUAACAGGGGUCAGGUUUUACCUUAAAGAAGCCAACGGUAUCGAUUCCAGUAAGCUUAUCGUUAUGGUCCACGCGACCAAGUACGACUACUUUACAGGCGAGGUGCUCCACCAGAAGCCUGAAGCUCAUAAGUGGUACGACACCCAUGAGAGCCUUUGUACUCAGUGCAACAGUUUCAUGUUGCAGAAGGUCGAGCUCAAUGGUCGCGGAAACCCCAUGGACUCGACCAGGAAUAUCGAUGUUACCAGAUCGAACCAGUAUCUAAUGUUCAGCGCGUCAGGAAAUGACAACUCUGGUCACCUGACGAUACCCUUCUUUGACGCAAGACCUGCUGGAAUCGCGAGUCUGACUGCUCUCAGUGGAAUCGGAACUUUCCAUCGCAGCUCUAAAGGCUACGGAGGGUUCGCUGCACUGAAACUUCUGGGGAUAGAUCACUCGUCUGCGAUGAUCUACGAGUUAAACGACGAAAAAAUUCAGAGCUACAGGUGGAAUUAG